AGCAUGCAUCAAAAAAGCACUUGCUGAUCAAUAAUAUUUUAAAUUUUGAUUUAAUAGUAUUCAAAAAUGAACAAAGGAUGGCUUGAGCUAGAAAGUGAUCCAGGAUUGUUUACAUUGUUGUUGGAAGAUUUUGGAGUGAAAGGAGUUCAAGUAGAAGAAAUUUAUGAUCUACAGAAGGCUAUUGAUGGACCAGUUUAUGGAUUUAUAUUUUUAUUCCGAUGGAUAGAAGAAAGAAGAAGUAGAAGAAAAACAAUCACAGAAGAAGAAACUUUUCUUACAAAUGAAGAUGAAGUUAACAAUUUGUUCUUUGCACAACAGGUGGUUCCUAAUUCCUGUGCUACACAUGCCUUACUGAGUGUCCUGUUAAACUGUGAUAAAGUGAGACUUGGAGAUACAUUGUCAAAGCUUAAACUGUUCUCUAGAGGCAUGAAUCCUGAGGACAAAGGUUAUGCCAUUGGAAAUAUGCCUGAAUUAGCUGAAGCACAUAACAGUCAUGCACGGCCUGAGCCACGCCACCUUCCAGAGAAACAGCAAGGUAUUGCAACAACUAAAACUAUGGAAGCUUUUCACUUUGUCAGUUAUGUACCUAUAAAAAAUCAUUUGUUUGAAUUGGAUGGACUCAAACCUUAUCCAAUAGAUCAUGGGCCUUGGGAAAGGGAUGAAUACUGGACAGAGAAAUUCAGACGUGUCAUAACAGAAAGAUUAGGAAUGGCUGCUGGAGGUGAACCUAACAACGAUAUCAGAUUUAACUUAAUGGCAGUGGUGCCUGACAAAUGUCAACUGUAUGAACACAAGUUAGCAACCCUGAAAACAAACAGACAAAUUGUAUUGGAAACAUUACAACAGCUGCUGGAUGCCAAGAUGGUCAAGGUAACUAAUCCAGGACUUACAUCUUCUGAUAAAGACAAAUAUCUAGCUGCCGUCAAACAGCAUGAAAAGAUGGAAGAAGCUCUGAUAGCCCAGGCUCAAGAGGAUGCUGCAGCGAAAUCAGCCGCAAAACAAAACAUAGCGGAAAAAUCUCUGAGUAAUAUGACAAAUAGCGAUCAAUCACAGUCCAGUGAGACAUCUCAAGAUGGAAGUAUGAUAAAUAUUACUGAAUCUCAUGACUCGGAUAACAAUACGACUGUACAAGAAAAUUCUACGUCAGAAUCUAAAAUAGUGCCAAUGGAUGAUGACAGUAAAGUCGUCAAUAUUUCAGAAAACAGUGAAGACAUUAUAAUCGAUGUUGAUUCCAUGGAAACAGAUUCAGAUAAAAAAGACAAUGAGAAAUUGUCUGAAACAAUUGAAAAUAUAAAGAAAGAUAAUUCUGAUAGUAAAAUUGAUGUAGAAUCGAAAUCUGAUGGUUCUGUUGAAAAUAAAUCUGAAAGUGUUUCUUUAACAUCUGCUUAUACACAAUCUAUUGAAGAACCUCCUGUUUUUUUAAGCAAUAAAGAAUCUCUUGAAGGAAUACAAGUUACAAGUAGUGAUGAUAAAAAUGUGAAAAUUCAGAUCUCUGUUGACAAUGGGGAUAGUGGGAAGGGCGUUACAAUUCCACGUUCAGUAGCAUCAACAGAUGUUACAAAACCAUUGACUAUAGAAACAAAGUUUGGAGGUCCGUCUGGACCCAGUAGUGAGAGUACAGACACUGCUUCAGAAGGAGGGAGUUGUUUUAGUUCACCAAAUACAAAUUCAUGUCAGAACAGCCCCCAGUGUAGUAAUGGGGAAAGUACAGACAUGAAAAAAGAUACCUUACCAGACAGAAGGUCAGAGGGAAGAUCUACAGAUUCUAGUCAUCAUCAUAAACAUAAAAGAAAAUUUCAUAGUCAUCAAGCUUUUACACCAAAGGAUUUGUUAGCUCUUCUCAAGAAUGUAGAAAAUGAGAUAAAGUUAUGUGAAGUUAAUUUGAAAGAUGAAUUAGAAAAAAGAAAGAAAUAUAGGAUAGAUGACUGUAGAAGAACACAUAACUAUGAUGAAUUUAUCUGUACAUUCUUAUCAAUGUUAGCCAAAGAAGGACAUUUAGCAAAUCUUAUUGACCAACAGAUGUCAGUCAAGAAGAGACACAAUAGUGGCAAUGCAGGCCGCCCAACAAAGCAUUCAUUACCUGUCAAAGGAUCUCGACCAAAACCAAAGCGACGAAGAUGAUAAUUGUUAAAUUUUGAACAUGAUGUAAUUUUUGAUUUAUAUGACAGUAAUUGAUGUAAUAUUGUUUGAAAGUAAUGAGAACAUGGCUUAUUAACUUUGUUUGCAGCUCUAACAAUAGACUUGUUUAAGCAUGCUUUUUUCCUACAUUCAUGUUAUUACAGUUUUGCAAUGAACUACGCUAGAAGUAAUAAAAAUUGCUCAAUGAAAUUUCUUUAGACCUUAGAAUCAACAUUUGAGGAAACCCUGGAGUCCACUUAAGCCUAAAAAGUUCAUGUGGAUGAUUGUCAUCCAGUCUGUCACUGUCAUCCAACAUCAGUCACUUUUUAUUCUCCUAGCAUUUGCCUUUAAACCACAGGACAAAUCUGUAUUGGAAAAAUCUGUAUCUGUAGUUCUUUUUCAAAAUGAUGUUUAUUAGCCAUGACCAUUCUCCAUUGAAUAGAAUGAGAGAAAAAUUAGUGGCAUAAAUGAUUUUAUGCUUAUGACUGUAUGGUUAGAUACUAUAGUAAUACGAUGCCAGAUUUUUCUGCAACACUUUUAACACUGAUUUAUGUACUUGUUUAUGUAGAUCAUUUUCAUGGUCAAUUUCUAAAUGAUGAAUCUUUAACAAUAUUGCAGCGGAUUACUUCAUAUUUACAUAAAAGAUAUAAGACUAUAGCCAGGAAUCUCUGCAAUGGUUGUGUGUAGUUAUUUCAUAAUUUUGUUUGUCCUUUGGGUGGUGAUUGUAGAUCUAUGGUGGCCUCUGUCAAAUUUAUUCACAAAUUUUCUCAACUCAAUGUGAUUUAGAGCUUGACAUAUUGUGAAGACAUGCAUCUAUUAUUGAAGACCAUAUAUUGAUCUCUAGAUGUAAUGGGCUUUUGUAUUGUAAGUUUACUUUCUCAUUUACUUUUACCCCACAUUUCAUUGUGUUUAUUAUCUUAGCUUGUGGCUGAAAUCUUGAUUGUCUGAUAGACAUGUUUACAAAAAA